AUGAGUGCCACCGAGGGUGAAACCAAAGAUCAAACUUUAACAACACCUCCCAAUAAUUCAACGGAUGAUGAAGAUAUUACUUUUAAUUUUUUUUGCGAUAUAGUUAAGCAAUUGAUUUUAAAACGUAAUGAUAUCGGAGAUGCUUGUGUAUUAUCAAGCUGGUUGAGAGUGUUGGAACAAAAUAAAAAUAAAGUUGUUCGAAAUGAAUAUAUAAAACUCAUGACGUUGGCAUUGCAAUAUCCAGAUCCAAUCUGUCCAUUUAAAGACCCUCCUCCCGAGACAAUUGAUCCCUUGGAAAAUGGAGUGAUCGACAUGGCAAGAAAAUUUUUAAAGAAAGAAGGUACUGCAACGUGUGUUGGAGUUAAUGAAGAGGUCCAUUAUCCAACAAUUAGUACAGCAAUGUCCUACGACAAACGCCAAUAUGCUUCAUAUCAAGUUAUACCGAACGUGGGUGUUCAGUGUUAUUACGCCUUUUCAGACGAACCAAUGUACAAUUGGAAUUUAUCUUCACAAGUAUCAGUCCCUAAAGGUGGACCACACGCCACGGACACUGAUUGGGAAAGAGCAUUAGCGGGUAUUCAAUCCCAAUUGCACAAACCGAGCACAGACAAAGUACAAAUUCCGAACGCCCGAAAAAAUGCAAGCAAUAAAGAUGACGAAAGCGAAGUCAAGUCAUUGAUUUCUGGCAGCAGGGUAUCUAGGAAAAAGUCCGAUAAAUUAAAAGAAAGCGAGCAGGAGACUCCAGAUAUUUGCAAUGUAAUGUACAUAGAACAACAAAACCGAAAUGUGACUGAAGUAUUCGAAUGGAAUGAUGCUAGUUUAUUAACUGGAGAUAUAAGACUUGGCGCAGAAAUGUGUUCCGAUCGCAAAGUUGAUGCUCAAUUUAAGACACAAAUAGAACUCGACAAAGAAGCAUUUAAUGCCUACGAUAAACUUUAUCCCGGCGAUUUCAUAAUAGACGUAGAGCAGUCGGUUAUCAACGAUAUAAUUCCAAUUAAAACAAACGUUGUUACGGAAGCCGGCGAUAAAAAAACGAUCUGCAAAGACCAAGAACAACAACAGCAACAGCCGUCGGCACAUAACGGCGAUGGUUGCGGUGGCGCGAGAAAAAAGCAACGCGAGUGCCCGCGGCCGAAAUUGUGCACGAUACGGCAGAGCGCAGGCCACGGGAACGUCAAACCGCCGCUUGAAGAACGCCGGACCGUAGUCGAGAAGUCGCCGUUGGACCAUCAUCGUCGACGGAUUUCCGAACUGACGCUCCAACUGGCCGCGCUAAAUUCCACCGACGACUGCAGAGGCGGCAGCAUCGAUCCGCCGGAGAAACUUCCGUCCACCGCAGACGGCCACCCCGCCGCGCCGUCCGGACGUCGUAACCGGGGCGACGACGACCACAACUGCGGCCGCGGUGGUGCUGACGCAAGACCGGCGUGGUCCACCGAAUCGCGCGCCGAACGGCAAUUGGACAGCGGCUUGCUGUUCAAGAGAUCGGAACUGCGGAGCAUGCUCGACUUCACCGGUGAGUGUUUCGAGGAGGUGAGCUCAAUGCUGCGGAGCCAACGAAAGGACCCAAAGAGCGUGGUCAGUCUGGCCCAGGUGUACGGGAGGUCCUCGAACAGUCGCGACGGCGAGUCUGACGGCGCGUAA